UGCUGGAAUUAAGUGGUCAAGACUUUUUAAGAAUGUUUAUUAAAUAUAUAAUUUUUUUCGUAUUUAAUUUGGAUUUAUUUCAAAUUGGGAGUUCUAAAGAAGGCUGCCCUGAAAAUCUACAAUUAUAUAAACAAAUUUAUGAAAUUAAAAACAUGUUCAAUGAUGUAAAUUUAGAAGACAUUCAGCAACCCGGGAAAAUGGUGCCAUGUAAACCUAUGAAAACCAUAUUUGACAUACGUUUCGAUUCCCUACCCAAAAAUUGUAUUACAGAUCGCAUACCACGUACAUGUGCAGAAGCUACCGAAUGCACUUGCUCCAGUGGUAUCUAUAAUAUUACAAAUCCCAGCUAUAAGGAAAUAAAUUUGACAAUUUUUUGUGAUAUGAAGAACUAUGGUGGCGAUUGGUUAUAUAUUUUGAGACGCCAUGAUGGCUCUCUAAAGUUUAAUCGCCCCUGGAAAGAUUAUGUAAACGGGUUUGGUAAUAUUGCUGGUGAAUUCUGGCUAGGGUUGGAAAAUAUUUAUUCAUUGACAAAUUUCUAUGGACCUCAAGAAUUGUUUGUUUUUCUAGAGAGUUUUAAAGAUACCACUAAAUAUGCUCGUUAUGAUAAUUUUGUUAUAGGAAGUGCUAAGGACCAAUACAAACUUAAAUCACUAGGCCAAUAUUCUGGCACCGCUGGCGAUAGUUUGUUUCGAGUAUUGGGCUCUAAAUUUACAACUCUCGAUAAAGACAAUGACGAGAUGAGUCAAAAUUGUGCUGAAAUUCGUGGAGGCGGAUUUUGGUUUAAGAAUUGUACUGAUGCAAAUCCUACAGCUAAUUAUUUUCGUGGUAGUUAUACCAAAAAAGGCACAUAUAAUACUGGUUCUUAUUGGAAAACCUUCGAGGGAACCCGUUAUUCCCUUAAAACUAUUAUAUUCAUGAUUCGUCGAAAAAGUGUUCCUAAAUUGGAACCAAUUGCCAAUUAAUUUUAUCAGAAUGUGAAUGUAAAUGUUAUUUUUGAAUUAACUUAAAAAUAGCAUAGGUCGUAUGUUCUGACUAUCGAUCAUAAUUACUAAAAUGCCUUUUGUUUUCAUCACUCUCACAAAAUUUGUUAUUAAGAAUAAGUUGAAAUCCGCAAAAAGUGAAUAAAUAUUUGGUUUUUA